CAACCGUGUGUGACCUCACAUCACUGCCAGCUUCCGCCCCCACUGCCAAACCAUCACAUGCGAGUGAAUUAUCAGGUAGCGAGGACUGCAGGGGAUGUGAGAUGUAUCAGCAGAAACGUUAGCCAGCUAAAGCAACAUUUGAUGGGAAAUAUUCGUCUCAGAUAAGCGGUCCCGCCAGGUGACCGAAAGCUAGCCGCUACCUCUGUUUUGGCUAACGAAGCUAACGGGCAGUUUUCUGGUCAGUAGCCAGCUAACUUUAGCUAAGUCAGUUUCUAGUCAAGGCCUCAUUCCUGUCUCCACUCUGCCUAAGCUUCCGGAUAAUUCAAGGUCAUGGAUUUCCCAGGCCACUUCGAGCAGAUCUUCCAGCAGCUCAACUAUCAGCGUGUCCAUGGUCAGCUGUGCGAUUGUGUCAUCGUGGUGGGCAGUCGACACUUUAAGGCCCAUCGCUCCGUGCUGGCAGCCUGCAGCACCCACUUCAGGGCUCUGUUUACUGUUGCAGAGGGAGAUUCUAGCAUGAAUAUGAUACAGCUGGACAGUGAGGUGGUGACAGCUGAAGCCUUUGCUGCUCUAGUGGACAUGAUGUACACUUCCACACUGAUGCUGGGCGAGAGCAAUGUCAUGGAUAUCCUCCUUGCAGCCUCACACUUGCACCUCAACAACGUAGUCAAGGCCUGCAAACACUACCUGACCACACGCACCUUACCCAUGUCCCCUCCCUCGGACAGGCCCAUCCAUCACCAUGCUCAGCAGGAGCAGCAGAGGCACAGACAACAGCAGCAACAAGUAGCAGAUAUGGCAGUGAAUCCUAGUCUAGGAGCUAAUGCUAACCUCAGUGCAAAUGCUGUUACAUCAAAGAUGCAGCGCUCCUUCCUCCUGCAACAGCUGGGGCUCAGCUUGGUGAGCUCAGCUUUAGGUGGGAUGGAGGAGGAUGGGGUUGGAGAUAUAGUAGGCAGUAGAGUUGAGCAGAGAGCCUCCUUCCCAAUCCGCCGCUUCCACAAACGCAAGCCCUCUCUGGCCCUGGGCCUUUCAGAGGAGAGACCCAGGCAGAGGCAGCGCCCCUCUGUCCCUAACCUGGGGCUGCUGGGAGAAGGAGGAGGGAACACAGACAGAGAGGAAGGAGGGCUCCUCUCCCCUGACUCCCACAAGAUGGGGGAUGACUCCAAAAAGGAUGGAGCUAUCACUGGUCUUGUGGCCCAAGAUGAUCCUCAGAUGCCGAGCCAGUCAGACAGCGGACGUUGUGAAGGGGAGGAUUUGGGGAGAAUGCAAGGAGUGAACAAGGAGGAAGACAUGGAGGACCAGGACCAGCAUGACAGCAGGGCGGGGGUGAAGAUAAAAUCAGGGACAGAGGAGGAUGAGGCUGAGGAACAGGAACAGAAGGUGGCGGUUAAACGAGAACCACUAAGUUCUCCGGAGCCAGCAGAUGAAAUCAGUGACGUAACAUCGCAGGCUGAAGGUAGCGACCCAGCUGAGCCUGGAGGCCGAGAGGAGGAGGAGGAGGAGAAGGCAGAGCUGAGCCCAGAGAGCAGCGACCGCAGCUUCACCUCCGAGCCCCAACCCAACUCGGACUCCCUGCUGCAGCCUAGCUCCCAGCUUCUCCUCAAGAGUGGCGUUGGAGGAGGCAGUGGAGGGAGAGGAGGCUUUGGCUGUAAUAGUGAAUUAGGGGGCAAACCUGGUUUUAGUAUUUCCAGCUUUCUCAGCCCAAAGGAUUUCAGGAGUGGUGGUUCGGGGAUGGUCUCUGGAGAGGAUGAACUCCCUAACACUACCACGGGUGAUGCAGUAGCACAUCACUUUCUGCUCAGACAGGAUGCUGCUGGGCCAUCUGGCUCUGCUUCUUCACUUCUGCAGUCAGGUCCACUCAGUGCUGAGAGCCACAGCGGAUUCAGAGACAGCCUACAAGCUGAUUCUUUAUUCCUCCGCCCUAUGCAUGAUGGCUUAGGAAACCCUAGAGCAACUGGGGAGAGUGGUAGUGGAGGGGUGGAUCCAUUCAGUUUGGACUUUCAGCACUCUAGUCUGGGCCUUCAUUCCAUAGGGCGACCCUCACGGGGUGCAGGAGGAGCCAGUUCAGCUGCCCUGGGUUACCCAGGUUACAGGCGUAUUGCUCCAAAAAUGACCACUGGCAUGGGAGGAGAAGAAGGAGUAAGUGCUGUUCUCCAGGAUGCCGCCUCUUCUUCCUCAAGCCUGGCAAGCCCUCUUCUUCUAAACAAGAAUGGAGGAUAUGAGAUGAACAGCGGCAGGCCCACCUCCCUCCCCCCUCAGCUGACCCGAGCCUCAGCCGACGUCCUGUCCAAGUGCAAGAAGGCUCUGUCAGAGCAUAAUGUCCUGGUUGUGGAAGGAGCUCGGAAAUACGCCUGUAAAAUUUGUUGUAAAACCUUCCUGACUCUGACUGACUGUAAGAAACAUAUCCGAGUCCACACAGGAGAGAAACCCUAUGCAUGUCUCAAAUGUGGGAAGCGAUUCAGUCAGUCCUCACACUUGUACAAGCAUUCCAAAACCACCUGCUUGCGCUGGCAGAACAGCAACAUGGCCAACGGUCUGCUGUAGAACUGGGUCUAUCACACCUGAGUAAAAGAUGACACCAUUAGAUAUGUAAAGUCCCAAAAAAGUUAAGGUUUCCCUGAAGCUGCAGCAAAGCAGUGGGAUCUGAUCAGCUGUUGAAACAGUCCUGAUCACAGACCAAAGAGGGCAACAAUAAUGUAUUCGUAUAUUUUCUUUUUUCAAGGAGAAACUCUACUAUGAAGGCUGUAAAAUAUAGGUUAUAAGAAUACAGGACAAGCAGAAACAGAGCCUUCAUUUUGUAUGCUGUUCUGCAGACCUAUCAGAGCAGUAUUCUGAGGAUUUUACAUCAGCAUUAAUACAUGGGACCCAUGAAGUUUCUAUAACAUGACGCUCGCUAGUCUUGGCAGUCUUGUCAUGGUUUUUAAAGCUGCCACACUGUUGGCUAUCUUGAAUUUCUUCAAGGUCUCAUAUGGGCCCUCUUAAGUGAACUUCAGAUCUUUUGGAGUGUUUCUUUAAUGCUAAACAUGUCAUUUGUAGAAAGAUAUUUGAAGCAUAUGAAGCUCAGUUAUCAAACACUCAAUUUAAAGAGGCAGCUGUGAAACAAAAAUAUCAACAAAAAUGAUUAUGUGAAUAGUGUCCUUAUGUGAAGACUUUUCAUUGCACAUUUGUAAAAUGUAGCAUUAAUCCACAUCAGACUGUUCAAUCAUUUUAAGUGAACAUAAUGACUGGCCUCGUUCUGUGUAAUGGCAGCAGUUAUUCAGAGUGAGGGCUAAGUGAUGCAGUCAUUUUGGGUCCUAGCUAAUAUAAAUGUAUUCCUGUAAGUGCUGUUUAUGGUUGUGUUCUCUUUAUAUGUAAUGUACUGUUUAAAAAGGUGGAUUGAAUCAGAUUCAGUCCUGUGCGGCAGACUCAAAAUCUGCUUUGACAAGUUCCGCUUACAGAAAGGGUUACAGAGAAUAAAGUGCCAGUUUUUUUUGACUGUUUGUAUGCAGAGGAAAAAUCAUUUAAAGUCUUGUGAUUUUAAUUGUCAUUUUAACCUGUGUGUUGGUGUGAUCGGGACAAAAGCUCUUGAACAAAGAAACAGAAAAACCACCCAACCUUUCAAAGUGUGACUGAUCAAAGAUGUUGAGCUCCUUAGUUACCAUUUAAUGGCCUUUGUUAGAAGUGUUGCCGAGUUAAGUUUAAGCUGAGAGAAUGAUUGUUUGGUACUGGUGGGGACAAAAUGAAUUCAUUUAAUGCUGUAGAGUUUUUUUUAGCAUACUUUGAAUUGCUUUAAUCAACCUCUGGCCCCAGUUUGUACUGACCAGACGGAGCUUUUACUCAAAGAAUCAUGUUGCACUGUUUACACAAGCAUAAAAAAGUAUACCAUCUUUGUAUUCACACUAGGUAAAAGGUGCUUUUUCCUUGCCACUUAAUACCCAAAUAACAUCUUAACAGAAAUAAUUAGGUGUAUGUGCACUUUAUUUUGUGUCCUGGUAUGUUAACCAAAAAUCAGUGUUGAUUUUAUAAUACUAAAAUACUGAAGUGCACUAACUAAAUCUCCCUCCAUUAUGUUUCUGAUUGUAAAUGACAAUGUAAAAGUUUGUAUGCGCCGUUCACACAUUAGUCUCUCAGAUCACAGGUGUACUGAUGUGUAUAGUUUGUUAAUGACUAAAAAAAGGCAAAGAAGUUGUGCUUUGUGAGCAGAGUUGAAAGAUAUUGCACAUUUGUUGAUGGUUUCAUCAUUUUCUCUAAAGAACACUUGAGGAGUAUCUGUUUAAGUUUACUAGGGUACUUGAUACAAGUGCGUUAUACAGUACACAUAUUAUCUUUAUACAUUUAUGGUUCCAUUAUUGUACAAAAGCACUUGGACAAAUUAUUCUUUUUUUUUUCUUAUAUAUUUACUAGAAUGUUGAACUAUGUUGAAAAAGUUGCUGCAUUGCAAAUGUUUAAGUCAGCCAUCUCUUAAAGGUCUUGUUUUUCAGCCAAGGGUAGUUGAAUCUACAACCAGAUUUCACAGAUUGGUUCGAUAAAGGAGUUGGAGCAGACUUCCUCUCAUUUGUGAAUAAGAGCAGCUUCACGUGUAGAAAGCUGGUUUAUGGAGUCAGUGUUCUUGCAGUUGUAUAGUUCAGUUUUAGUGAACCAAAAUGAAAAAAAAUUUAACUUUAAGUACAUGUUUGUGUUUUUGUAGACUUCUUUGCUUGCUGUAUUGUCACAUACACUGUCCAGGAGAAACACAGUCAUUAAUUCCAUUUUUUUGUACUGUACUGUAGAGUCAUUACACUGUCACCAUGUACACAAUGAAAAUGAACACUUUAAAAUGGAUAAUAUUGACUUCAGAUGUCAGAAGAAAAAAAUACUUGCCAACAAA